ACCAAAUCAGGGGCAAAAAUACUGACAAUUAAAAGGCAAUAUUUUUCAAGUGUCCGAGAACAAUGUACAUCAUUAAACAGGAUAUAAACUAUUGACUGAAUGCUUGUGUUAAAAAAUACAGGAAGUGAUGAUUGUAACAUGUGCAGACAGUUUAAUAUCUGGGCAUACUGAAUACAUUUAUGGACAUAUACUUUUUCUUCCUUCAAAGGACAAAUUAUGAAAAAGGGCUGGGACAUAGUGUUUUUCUUGUAUAUCCAACUGCGGAUAACAACAGGAUCACGCAGCCAAGACCAAUUUUGCCUAGAUGCACAAGUAUACCCAGAAUUAUACCAAGAUUAUAUUGUGAACAUUUGUACCGAUCAUUCGGUUUCAGUGAAACGUUGGGUCUUAAUUGAUACAGCGAGUGUUCCAAAGUUUCAGCAGUCAUUUUGUGAAUGUAUCAUAUCACCAUUCCAACCUGGCGCUAAACUUGCGUUGAGUGUGCAUGGAGGAAAUGGCGUAAAGUUUCAGAUCAACAAUAUUGUGCUUCAUGAAACCAUUGAUAAUGGCAUCACAUAUCUACAGGGUGAAACGACGCUAUACUUUUCCACUGAUAAAAAUUAUACGGUGAGAUUCUGUGCAGGAGUGUCAGUCCCAUUUGGAAAGCUGUUUAAUAUAACGUGUAUGCAUCCUACAACACUUGUUACUGACACAACAGCGUCAGUUACUUCAAGAGCAAUAACAACAACAAUCUCAAAAGACAACAUAACAAUGUCAGUAACAACGCCAGAUACAACAACAGAAGCCUCCCCAAAAGACAACAUAACAAAGCCAGAUACAACAACAGAAGCCUCCUCAAAAGACAACAUAACAACGUCAGUAACAACGGCAGAUCCAACAACAGGCAACAUAACAACGUCAGUAACAACGGCAGAUACAACAACAGGCAACAUAACAACUCUUACACAAAUAAUUGUGGUUCUAGCUGUGGUUGGACUUUUACUGAUUCUAGCAGCUGCGGUGCUACUUCUAGUUUUUGUGAAAAGACGCCGGUUAAAAACAGAUAUUGAAAGGCAUGAUCCGGAACCAUCGGAGCAAGGUCAAGGUCAACAGAACAAUCCCGAGAACGAGGAGGGUAACCUCGAUGUUUCUGUCAAUGCAUAUGAAAGGUUAAAUAUGUAUAUAAAUGAUAAGCUGGCUGGUGAGAUGUAUCAGCAACUUAAUACAGAUACAGUAGAAGAAUAUCAAGAGAUGUAUGAUGUCGUUAAUGACUCUCGAAAUCGGAACAGGAACGAUACAAAACAAGUUAAUAUGCAAGAAACCGAACAGGGUCGUACACCCUCCAAAGAACAAUUAAAGAAACAAGCUAAAGGACAAGGGAACAACAGCAAUGGUGAAGAUCGUAAUAUUGAAAUCCCAGCAAAUGCAUAUGCAAGAUUAAACAUGUAUGUAACUGAUAACGUAGCAGGAGAGAUGUAUGAGCAACUAGGUGCUAACCAAUGUGGGGAUUAUCGGGGAGAACAUGUUCCAGGUAAAAAGGACAGACCAGUGAACAAAAGUGACCAUGGAACCAACACAAAUAAGCAAGCGUUUGCUGUGUAUGCAAAUGCAAAAUGAUUUAUAUGACGAUAUUGUCUACAGUUGUCUUCAACAAAAACACAUGCUUUUAUUUUCAGCAUUUUGCCAUAAGGACAAGAUGUAUCUUUAUAUCUAAAUCAAAUUGCGUUGGUUUGUUUUUUUAAUUCGCCAAACUACGUUCAAAUGCUUGUACAGCAACAUUCUGACUUGAAUCCCAUUUAACAGUACUGUAAAAUAGAGUUCCGCUUAAUCUGGUAUUAAUUUGACGUGAUGAGUGUUACACAUUAACAGACUUCAGAACCAUAUUCUUAUACAUAUGAUUAAUAAUAUAAGUUACUGCCGUAUGGUUACCAAAAAUGUCAUCCCUUACUUGGAUUCAGUGUUUCUAUCAUUUCUGUUCCUGUUACAUGAUGAAGUCAAUACAAUAUGCUGUUAAUAAUAUAUUGCAAUUUCAAUACCUAUAAAUUGAUGCAGUCAUAUAUUUGUAUUCAUUUUACGAGUUUACUACCUGAGUCACAAAAAUACAUAUAUAUCCUGAAAAAAAGAUGAAAUUAAAUAGCAGUAACGGCAUUACACAUCUAAGGAAAGAAUUAAAUCUUUGUCUGAUAUUUAAAAUAUUCUAGCGAAAGUCAGUAUCUACAUCAGACUUCCGAUUUCUUCAACAAUAUCCUUUGAUCUUUAAAGAUAUCAUUUGUUAAGUGUUUUAGGACAGAAUGUACGCAGCUCAUGUUUAAUCAUGUUUGUUGUUUUAUUUUCUUUAACUUUGUUUUGAAAAAUUGGAAAAAAUAUAUGUAUGUGCAUGUCCACUUUUACUUUACUAAUGUUUAUCAAUAUUUGUUUUGUGUAUGUUUUGUAUCUUUAAUUUUAAACGUGCAUUUGAAUAUAUACGUGUGUAGGCAUAUAUACCUUUCAGUGUCCGCAUUUACUUUACUUAUAUUGAUCAAUGUUAGUUUUUUUUUAAAAUAGUCUUUAUAUUUUGCUUAAACAUUCUUUAGAAUAUUUGUAAAAUCUUUAAGAACAGUCUUAUAGAAUUAUCAUCAGAAACAACAUGCGUGCGAUUUUGAGACAUGGCAAUGUUCCCAUUUUAUAUAAUACGUUCUAUUCAAGCAGGCAGAUCAUGAUCCGACUGUUGGAUACAUGUUGUAUGUUUGACGUCCAACCGUAUCACAGUUGGCGUUUGCGCUUUCCACUUCCAUCGCGUCAGAAAGAACAAAUGGAGGAUACCAUGAAAGGCAGUUCUUAAAUACCAUUAUCAUGUCAUCUCUCUUGAUUUUGUUGCCGGUUGCAAUAGACAUGAACAAACAAGAUUGCGUUAGUUAGUCAACUCCUUUUUCUGUCAUCUCUUAACUUUGUAACCAGGUUUGAUGAACAAUUAUGACGUCAUUUGACCCUUUAAUUUUGUAACCGGAUUUUGUAGAGACCAGUUAGUCUACUGGUAAGAUUUGCAGUGACUACAGGAAAUCGUGAUGACAGGGAAGAUUCUGUAGAUAUCCGUUAGCCUACUUGUAAGAUAUCCAGUGACAACAGGAAAACGUGAUGACAGGGAACGUUAUGGUAUGGCAUUAAUGCAAUAAGGUCUUAUUUUAUACCGUUAUAAAUUCUGUCAAAAGUACGACAUGUAUUUCACAAGUAAAAUGAACAGGCAGAAAAAACCAUACCAUAACUUUUGUAUUGUAUGUUGCUGGACUACUUUUAUUUAAUAUGCAUGAUCUGACACAGUUCUAUAAACAGUGCACACCAAAACUACACUCAGUUCUGUUUUCAUAUCGAUAAACAUUGGGGACUUCGUUCGAUAUCAAAACAACAAAAGAAGGUGGAGGUAUAUAAUAAAACGGUCUUUAUAACAGUAGCUAGUUCUGGCAUUUUGUAUUAGGCUCUCGUGGACUUUGCCAGAUCGGAUCACACUCUGCACGCCUCGUGUGGUCCGGCCAAGCAAACAUCAAACUACUAUUAUAAUAACCUUUUUAUACUAUCUAUAGUUGUGACGCAAAUGCUCUACGUUCUCCUGUCAUAAUUAGUAUCCAGUGCUCGCUAAUGGAUCGUAGAUUCGACUUUGCUAUUUUGACAAUAAAGUGACGCAAAAUCGUCAAAAUUA